GGGUUUUAGGUAAAUUCAGAGUCUCUGUGCUUUGUAGCUGCUUGAGAAAAGGAAGAUUGAGCUGAGCUGAGGCAUAGAGGGGCGGCUUCUCCCUUUUGUCUGUGUGGAGCUUGAGCUGUGUUAUGUAUGUAAUGGAACUCUAUCGUCUUCCAUAUUUUGCACUAACCAAAACCUCAUAAACCCUCCUCUCUUCAGUUUCUGAGAGAACAAGGAGUGUCCGAAAUGGCGGCUUCAUAUCCCGAUGAUUUCAAGUGCCCUAUUUCUCUGGAGAUAAUGUCGGACCCUGUAAUACUCUCCUCCGGCCACACCUUUGAUCGCUCUUCAAUCCAACGCUGGCUCGACGCCGGUCAUCGGACUUGUCCAAUCACCCAAUUGCCCCUUCCUGAAAACCCUUCUCUAAUCCCUAACCAUGCCCUCAGGAGCUUAAUUUCAAAUUUUAACCCUGUUUCCCUUUCCAAGCCAUUUCUUCCUCAUCCGCCGCCCCAAACCCUAAUCUCGAUUCUUAUCUCUCCGUCUGCCUCCCUCGAUUCUAAGCUCGAUUGCCUCAAUCAACUCGCCAGGGUGUCAAAGCGCGAUUCCGUUAUGCGAAGAAAAUUGACCGAGUCUGGUGCCGUCUCGGCUGUUCUUAAAUGCGUUGGUUCUGACGAUCCGACCCUCCAAGAGAAGGCCCUGUCGCUGUUACUGAAUCUUAGUUUGGACGAUGAUAACAAAGUGGGUUUGGUUGCAGAAGGGGCUAUUGGUCUCACCGUCGCAGCUCUUCAAGCCAGGUCCCCUGAUUGCAGAGCCGUAGCCGCCACGAUGCUGACGAGCUUAGCCGUUGUGGAGGUCAACAAGGCUACAAUUGGGGCAUAUCCCUACGCGAUUCGCUCUCUUGUUGGUAUCUUACGAUACGGCAACAACAGAGAGCAGAAGGAAGCAGCAACAGCGCUUUACGCCAUCUGUUCAUACCCUGGGAACCGUGUACGGACUGUGGAAUGUGGGGCUGUUCCAAUUCUGCUUGAAAUUGCCAAUUCGGGGCUGGAUAGAGCAGUGGAGGUUCUGGGGCUUUUGGCCAAGUGUAGAGAAGGUCGAGAAGAGAUGCAACGGUUCCACGGAAGUAUGGAGAUUUUGGGACGUGUGUUGAGAAAUGGAGCCCCAAGAGGAGUUCAAUACGCUCUUCUAACGCUGAUUUCGCUCUGCUGCCAUAGCGAGCGAGCGUGCGUGGAAGCCAGAAGAGAAGGCGUUUUGGGAAUCUGUAUGACAUUGAUUGAUGACGAUAACGAAAAGAUCAGAGCAAAUGCUGCAAAAUUGAUUCAUAUACUGCGAGGAAACAACGCAUGAGAAGAAGGAAUCAAAUCGGAUCUUCGCCUGCGGUCAACAAUUGGUGGGUUGGUCUGGUUUAUUUCUUAUGAGUCUAUGAUUCAUGUGGAGUGUAAACGAAGGGAUUUUGUUGUGGCGUAAUGUCGAUCCCUCAUUCUCUUUACCGAGCUUGUAGAGCACUAUAAAUUGGGGUCCCCUCCACGUCUCUACCGUCAAACAUUUCGCUCACCCACUUAAGAUUUUCCUUUCCGAAGCAAAAUUGA